UCUACCACCCGCCUCCCCUUUCGAUAAUAGCAGCACAGCUCUGUGAGUUCACCCCAGAUGCGCGGAUCUCCGCUAUGAGCUUUGGUGUACCAUUACAUUCAUAGCAAAUCAAGAGCUCAACCAACCAUGGGAGCCCCUGCGUCCACUGGUCAUCCUGUGGAUCGUACCCCAAAUACAGCGCUUUUCGCUUGAGACGGAAACACAAAAGGCUUGUUUUUUUGGGAGUGACUUACCUCCCCUUCCCCACAGAGUUUGAUCCAAAAGAGUUCACAACCAAAAUGGCCGCCGAUCUCAUGCAGGCUCACAUGGUUUCGGAGCAGCUGGGCCUGGGACACAAUCUUGACCUGUCUGAUACCAUGGUCCAACAGAAGCUAGACGAAAUCAAGGAACAGAUCAAGAGGGAGAUCCGCAAAGAGCUGAAGAUCAAAGAGGGGGUGGAGAACCUUAGAAAGGUCACCACUGAAAAAAAGAGAUUGGCAUAUGUUGAUAAUAUGCUCAAAAAGUCCAACAAAAAGUUAGAAGAGCUGCAUCAAGAGCUGCAGGAACUCAACGCCCAUAUUGUGGUGAAGGAUCCAGAAGAUCUCCUCUUAGAGUGUCCUCUCACGCUGGACAGCCCCAGAAGUGAAGCACGAAUAUGCACUAGCAGCAGCAGACUAGCUGCCCUUAAAAAACAGAACGACAUUGAAUUGAAGGUGAAGCAGGGGGCCGAGAACAUGAUCCAGAUGUAUUCAAACGGCUCAACAAAGGACAGAAAACUGCUUGCAACAGCACAGCAGAUGCUCCAAGACAGCAAAACCAAGAUCGAGUUCAUCAGAAUGCAGAUCCUCAAAGCCAGCCAAACCAGCGAACUCAGCUUUGACAACAAUGAUGUCAUUGCCAAGCCCAUCAUCAGUCCACUGGACCUGCGGGUGGAAGAACUCUGCCAUCACACACGGAUAGAGUACGCUGUGGCCGAGGGGGCCAAGAAUGUCAUGAAGCUGCUGGGCUCUGGCAAACUGACUGAGAAGAGGGCUCACUCUGAGGCCCAAGCCAGAUUCAAUGAGUCCAAUCAGAAGCUGGAUCUAUUGAAGUAUUCCCUGGAGCAGAGACUCAAUGAGCUUCCCAAGAACCACCCCAAGAGCACUCUGAUCAUGGAGGAGUUAUCCCUUAUGUCCUCUCCUGCUCUCAGUCCCCGCCAGAGCUUUGUAUUCACACAAAACCAGCACAGCACUGUGAAGAACCAGUACAGCACCAAGCCAGCUGCACUCACAGGUAAGUUAGAGGUUCGACUGAUGGGAUGCCAGGACCUUUUGGAGAAUGUUCCUGGCCGGUCUAAAGCCACGUCAGUGCCGCUGCCAGGCUGGAGCCCCAGUGAAACACGCUCUUCUUUCAUGAGCCGUGGGAACCGCAGAGGAACCAGUGUUCGAAAUCUCUCCAAAACUGACGACUUGUCCAAUGAGAUUAGUGCUGUUCUGAAGCUUGACAAUACAGUAGUUGGACAGACCAGUUGGAAACCUGUCAGCAAUCAGUCGUGGGACCAGAAGUUUACAUUAGAGCUAGACCGGUCUCGGGAGCUGGAGAUCUCAGUGUAUUGGAGAGAUUGGCGGUCUCUUUGUGCUGUGAAAUUCCUCCGACUGGAGGACUUCCUGGACAACCAGCGCCAUGGAAUGUGCCUUUACCUUGAGCCACAAGGGACUCUGUUUGCAGAGGUUACCUUUUUUAAUCCUGUCAUUGAGCGGAGAACUAAACUCCAAAGGCAGAAGAAGAUUUUUUCAAAGCAACAAGGGAGAACAUUCCUGCGGGCACCUCAGAUGAGCAUUGGGACCUGGGGCCGGCUGGUGAAGAGAGCCAUUCCCUCUCCGAAUAACUUAUUUAGUCCACAAGUAACAGAGCUGGCAGCUGAGACUGGCCACAGUCAUAGUCAUCCAGGAACCCCUGUUUUGAGGAGUGACCCAAUAGUGACAAAACUGGACUUUGACAAAGAUGCUACACCAAAGCACUACUCUCCUGUUAGUUUUAGAGAAGCUCUGCCUGAGGACAAGAUCACCAAGAAAGACCGAGAACAGGACACCUUGACCACAUUCGACUAUCGAAAUGACAGGAACAGCAUCAUUGUUCAAUCUGAUCUUGAAGAUGUUGUGGAACAUGAGACAAAGCCAUUACCACAAUUACAAUUCAUAGCUGUCCAAACAAACACAGAUAUAAGGGAAGAGGAGGAAGAAGAACAAUUUCAUUUCAGCCUUAAAGACUUUAAAUGUGUUGCAGUGUUAGGCCGUGGCCAUUUUGGAAAGGUGUUACUUGCCGAAUACAGUAUUACAGGUGAAAUGUUUGCCAUCAAAGCCCUGAAGAAGGGAGAUAUUGUCACCCGUGAUGAGGUUGAAAGCUUGAUGUGUGAGAAGAGGAUAUUUGAGACUGUGAACAGUGUACGCCACCCGUUCCUGGUCAAUAUUUUUGCAUGUUUCCAGACAAAGGAGCAUGUGUGUUUUGUGAUGGAGUAUGCAGCGGGAGGAGACCUGAUGAUGCACAUUCACGCAGAUGUGUUUUCAGAGCCACGAGCCAUGUUUUAUGCAGCUUGUGUUGUCUUGGGAUUACAGUUUUUACACAAGCACAAGAUUGUAUACAGAGAUCUGAAGCUGGAUAACUUACUGCUAGACACAGAGGGAUUUGUCAAGAUUGCUGACUUUGGUCUUUGCAAAGAAGGAAUGGGUUACCAGGACAGAACAAGCACUUUUUGCGGCACUCCAGAGUUUCUGGCUCCAGAGGUCUUAACCGAAACAUCAUAUACACGUGCAGUGGACUGGUGGGGGCUCGGUGUGCUCAUCUUUGAAAUGCUUGUUGGGGAGUCUCCAUUCCCCGGUGAUGAUGAAGAAGAGGUGUUUGACAGCAUUGUGAAUGAUGAGGUUCGCUACCCAAGAUUCCUCUCAACUGAGGCCAUCUCCAUUAUGAGAAGGCUAUUAAGAAGGAAUCCAGAGCGACGGCUUGGAGCUGGUGAACGCGAUGCAGAGGAUGUCAAGAAACAUCUGUUCUUCCGAUAUAUUGACUGGGAUGGACUAUUAGCAAAGAAAGUGAAGCCACCAUUUGUACCCACAAUCCAAGGUUCCAGUGAUGUUAGUAACUUUGAUGAUGAAUUUACCUCAGAGGCUCCAGUGCUGACGCCGCCCAGAGAAGCCCGGCCAUUAAACCAGGAGGAGCAGGAGUUGUUUGCAGACUUUGACUAUAUAGCAGACUGGUGUUAGCCAUGUGUUGGCACUCCUCCCUCUCCACACACAGACACACACACAUGCAAAAAAUGUGAAUCAGUCCAUUUUAUUCAUUUGCAAUGUCAUAGCUGUUGUUCUUAGUGUUACUGUAAGAUCACCAUAAGACCCUUUCCAGUUUUUUUUACUUUAUGAAGAAAAUGUAUUUAAAAAUAUUGAGUAUUUAGUUACCACCACAUUCAGGUCUGGGAUAAAAAAAAAUGCAUUUUAUUAGAAAUUAUUGAGCAUCAGCACUGAUCACGAAAAAUGAUGUCAGUUGAACAGGUUAACUGUACCAACUGCCUUACCAAAUAAUGCUCAUUGCAUUUGUUUUAAUGUAACGUGAUAAGCUUUCCGGGGUCUGAGUUGAUUACUUCUGGUUGGUCUCUCUGUCUGUGCUAUCAAACAACCCCUAAAGUUGUUGAAGUUAGCAAGUUAUCUUGCCCAUAGAAUUUCAUCAGCUACGCAUUAAGCGUCGUGAUUAAGAAUAAUGUGCAUUUAUUUUUAUGUAUUUGAAAUGUCGUCAAGGUACCUGGUUAAAAAGUGUUAUAAAGCCAUAGACUGAGAUGAUAGGUAGCCACUUUCAGGUAUUUUUACCUCACCAAAGAAUGUAACUUUAGCCUCCAUUACCAAAACUGGCUUAGUAUCUACAUGUUUUUGUUCAACAGAGUCUACACCCCUCCUUCCAGUACAGUAUGAUUCUAUUUAUGGUCCUGCAACUAUUCAUGCAAGUUACAGUGAAAACUAAAAAUAUGAAUUACAAUAUGUCAUUGCUCUAAAACAUGAAAUGUUUGCUAUAUCUUCCAUUCAGUGAGUUGUUUAUCUCUCAAGCGUUUAGUGGAUUUAUAUGUGACAGUUGUUCUUAGUGCCUACUUAAAUUCCUCCAAUACAUAGGUCCUUGUUUACAAAACACUUAGUGUGGCUCAACUACUAGACAUGAGGCAUAACAGACUGGAAUCCAUAAGUGACACCAAAUGUCAAAAUUAAAUAUAUUACUAGCUAGAUGUUCCAACCUGUGAAAGUCUUGAAGUUCAUUCAGAGCAGAAUCCUCAAGAAAAUGUGUAAGGAGCUAUCCAAAUGGAGGGGUAGAUGCUAGUUUUAGGCAUGUUAUAUAGGCUAUACUACAUAAACACUAAGCUGGAAGCACUAAUUCUUUAUGCAUUCUAAGUUAUCCAUGUUUUAUCUGAAUUGUGGACAAAAUGACUGUACAAAGAUUUUAAGUCGAGUAUUAUGCAAAGAAUUUUUUCAAUGGUACACAGUCUUGAAGUUUAAGUUGACAAUGAUGUAAAUAAGCAUAAUUUUUAAUAAUUAUUUCAAUAAUGUUUGCCAAAAAAUUGGCCAUUAUGAAUGAAAUAAAAUUAAAUGUUUAUGUAAUUAACAAA